AUGGAGAUUGCUGUCUUGCUCGCCAUCGCCCUGCGCUCAUUUCUUGCCGUCACCACGCGUACCUUCUUUCAGCCCGACGAAUACUUUCAAUCCCUCGAGCCCGCUCAUCACAUUGUGUUCUCGUAUGGCCAGCUUACUUGGGAAUGGACCUCUGCACGACCAAUCAGGAGCAUUGUAUACCCUAUAUUGAACGUGCCGAUAUAUUGGAUGCUGAAAGUGUUUGGAUGGGAUGAGAGCCGUAUGUUGGUCUGGGCGCCUAAGCUCUUGCAUGGUCUCCUUGCCGCAGGGACGGAUAUUUGGGUCAGGAAGCUCACCAAAAAUGUAGUGGGCAGACAAUAUGUUUCUACCGCGUUCUUCUUGUCUUUGAUGUCACCAUUUCAUGCCCUUUCACUCUCGCGAUCGCUUUCAAACUCUCUGGAAACAACGUUAACUACAAUCGCAUUAAGCCAUUUCCCAUGGAAUGCAUCUGUAUCUUGCUCGAGGACGCAGCUCAGAAAGCUUCUCGUGUUUGCGGCAUUAGCGUGCUCAAUUCGAAUCACCAAUCUCGUGGUUUGGGCCUUCGUCAUACCCCUUCUUCUAUAUCGCCUACGAAAAGAUGAAGUUCGUUUUCGCGCGUUCGUCCUCGACGGGUUCGGUAUAGGCAUAAUCGCCCUCUCCUCCAUGUUUGUCAUUGACAGCGCGUACUAUGGCCAACCAACAUUCACGCCUCUGUCCUUUCUCCGAACAAACGCAUCCUCUAUAUCUCUCUUCUACGGACGCUCUCCGUGGCAUUACUAUCUAUCGCAAGGCUUGGCUAUUCUACUCGGACCUGCUCUGCCUUAUGCUCUGCACGGAAUCUGGACAAAUUUUCGGCCAAGUCAAGACAGUCCAGGCUCAUCUCCUGACAAGGACGACGAUAAUAAGGCUGAGCGCGAAUCCAAAUCAGCUAUAAGAACAGCACUGGCCCUUCUUGGAUGGACAACCACGAUAUAUUCAUGCGCUGGGCAUAAGGAGUGGCGGUUCUUACAUCCGAUGCUUCCACUUCUGCAUGUAUUGGCCGCGAAGUCGCUCGCGGACCUAUCAUCUGCCUCUAGGUUACGACCUGAAAAAACUUCAAGCACAAAGUCGGCCGGCGCGAUUGAUGUCAAAAGAUCGUCCGCUCUGGAGACUGCCACCACCACCGUCACAAACCGCCAUCUCUCCGACUCUCCUUCAACCGGUGCACUGUCCGUAUUUACCCAGCUCGGUCAAUCUCAUGAUGACGGUCCUGCCCCACUGUCAAUACGAUCCUUCCAUAUGAUAUUCCUAGUUCUUUUAUCUCUUCCUGUGAUUAUCUGGGUCACUCGUUAUCACGGACACGCACAAGUCGAGGUCGUCCGGUACCUUCAUGACCUCAGCCUCCAGCAGAAGACGAGCGGAGAGAUAUCAUCGCCACCGAUGCGUAGCGUAGGGUUCUUAAUGCCCUGCCAUUCCACCCCCGGACAGGCAUAUCUUCAUACCAAUCUAGGAGACGGAAAUAUUUGGAGUUUGAGCUGUGAACCGCCUUUGGGACUCGUCGGUGAAGCGUUAUCGAGCUAUAAGGACCAGACGGACGUGUUUUACGAGUCUCCUGUCGAGUAUCUCAAUACUCGCUUUCCGCCUGUGGUCGACCCUACCUUUCCAGCUAGUCAAAACGUCUCGCUAGCCACCGAAGUGGAUCAGCGAUACCCUUGGUCCCAUGUGUGGCCCUCACAUCUGGCGUUCUUUGGAUCCCUCCUAUCGGUCGAGUUGGAUCAGGCCUCCAUAGACAAUUUGAACGAUAGUAGAGGAAAUACAGGAAGAGAUCAGACGACCGUGGAGGGCGUGCUGCGGGAGAAGGGGUAUGUGGAGGUGUGGUCUCAAGAGGGUGGGUGGCGUGGAUGGGAGAUUGAGGACGAUGGGAGACGGCGGGGUGGUGUCAGAGUGUGGGCAUGGAGUCCAUCACUUACGUCGAAACCGCCAUAAAUCAGAAGCAGGGAGCGCACAGUCAGGUUCCCUCUUGUGGCUUAUGCAUUUCAAUACAUCGCAGCGAUAGCGCAUGUUAUUAUGUUUCACGGUGUGUAUAUUG